CUGCUCAGGCACCCCACAUCAUGUCUUCUUAUACGCUUUCACCGGCCACACCCGAAGAUGCCAAAGCCAUCGCAUACCUGUUUGCGCUGUCUUGGCAGUCGCCUUUCACGCAGCUCCAGUUUGGCAACAUGAGUACGGACACGCUCUCUCUUACGAUGGCUCCUCGCAUCGUGGAGUCAAUGGCGAAUCCAGGAAGCGAGUAUGUGGUGAUGCGCGCGAACGAUGGGACCAUAGCUGCUAUUGCGCAAUGGAGUGCGCCCUCGCCCGCCAGGACCAAGGCAGAAGAAGAAUCCGCCGAAGAUAAGGCCGACAGACGCGAAAUCUGGAUUCAGGAGUACAGGAAGAAGCUCCCAGAGAACAGCAACAAAGACCUCAUCGUGGAGUUCAGUCUGGGUCUGCGAGAACUGAGAGAGGAGGUGUUGCAGGGCAGACAGUAUUAUCUGCUGGAGAACAUAGCGACGCAUCCGGAGCACCGGAAGCGAGGUCUCGCAUCGAAGCUGAUCGAGUGGGUCUUUCCUCGGGCGGAUGAGCAGAGCGUUCCUGUCUACUUGGAUACUGCAAGCGACAAUGAGGCGAUGCGGGUUUAUAAGAGACUUGGGUUUGAAGAGAAGGGAAAUCGGAUUAUCGAAGACCUCAGCAAAUACGGCGGCGAAGGGAGCCAUACGCAUGUUGCGUUACUGAGGAUGCCUGAGAAGUUGAGCACAAAGCAUUCCAUUUGAGCACGAAUAGCUAUACGAACCAUCCAUUGACGCAGCAGUUUAGCGACGGGUGGUCUUGAGGGGCCACGUGCCUUAUCAGCAUGUAGCAUACCAUUGAAAAAGAUGAAAGGGGUUGGAGGUCGGGUAUACAUUAAAGUCAGCUACCUGGGAGCCCUCAACAAGAGGCCUAGAUGGUGACGUGGAGAAAAACAGGUACAUCAAGGACCGAGCUGAGCUCUCACAUUCCACUGAAGUCUCAUGAAACCAUCCUCAUCCUCAUAGUGGCUCAUGUUGGAUGUGGGUGCGAGACCACACCGAGUGACUUGCUCAAUGCGGCUUAACGCACAAGGUUGGGA